AUGCAGCCCGUAGCCCCUGGCCACAGUUUUCUCUUUGGUCACUUGCUGUACCUCAAAACCAUGCUCGAUAAGGUGCCAAAGGACUGCCAUUAUACCUAUGUCUUUGGAGAUAUCCAUCGAGAACAUUUCCAGAAAGAAGGUGCCUUCUAUCUAGAUCUCUGGCCACUGAGUGGGGUAAUCCUGGGGGUUUUCUCGCCGCCCAUGGCUACAGCGACUAUGGUAACCAACUACAACAUUGCAACAUCGAGGCCAGAUAUCCUCCGUCGUUUUUUCAAACCUAUCGCUGGUGGAUUGAAUAUGUUUGACAUGAGCGAGCCCGAAUGGAGGCCGUGGCGUGCUGUGUUUACCAAAGGGUUCAACAACGAACACUUUAACUCCCAUCUUGCAGGAAUGAUCGAAGAAGUGAAAACAUACGCAGAAACCUUGAGAGGCCUAGCUGGGAAUGGUGAAAUGUUUUAUUUAGAUCUCGUGACCCUGCGAUUCGUGAUGGACAUGAUUGGGAAAACUCUUCUAAACACUAAAUUGGGAGCUCAAAAAGGAUACAACACGCUCGCUGACUGCAUGAUAUCUCAAAUCCGAUGGCACCAAGCCGGCGCCGAGGUGAACCCACUUGGAUUUCUCAACUUCGCUCGAAUGUACAUGGAAUGGUCAAAUGGGCGCAAAAUGAACCAAUACAUCGGCAAACUCCUGGACGAGCGGUAUGAAGACUACAAAAACGUUCCCGAGACCGUCGGAAGCAAAGCAGUCAUCGAUCUCGUGCUGCAUGCCUACCUCCCAAAGGACGCCAAAACCGUACCAGAGAAGCUUGAUCCAGACUUUCGAACUUUUGCAAUCAGGCAGAUCCGACUGUUUGUUUUCGUGGGCCAUGAUUCGACAAGCAGCACUAUUUGUUACUGUUUCCACCUUCUGUCGAAGAACCCGGAUGCACUUGCAAGGAUACGUGCUGAGCACGACUCUGUAUUUGGGACUGAUGUUUCUGCUGUCUCAUCCCUGCUCAUCUUGCGACCGCACCUUAUCAACUCUCUCCCAUAUACCACUGGAGUGAUCAAGGAAACGUUGCGGUUGUUCCCUCCUGCAAGCGCGAUGCGUCAAGGAAACCAGAACGUCGACCUCACCGACGACCAAGGCAAUAUCUGCCCAACGGACGGCGCAAUGGUGUGGGUACUGCACAACCGCAUGCAACGCUCCGCCAAAUACUGGGUCCGCCCCGACGAAUUCCUCCCCGAGCGCUGGCUGGUAGAACCCGGACACGAGCUGUAUCCCGUGAAGAAUGCAUGGCGACCCUUUGAACACGGGCCCAGAAAUUGCAUUGCCGAAGGGAUGGUAAUGACGGAAAUCAAGCUGGUGUUGGCCCACCUUGCAAGAGAAUUCGAAUUCAAGGAUGCGUAUGAUGAAUGGGAUGGGUUGAAUCCGAGGAAGGGACCGAAGACAUAUAGGGGAGAAAGAGCAUAUCAGAUUGAGCAGGGAGCAGCGCAUCCGGCACAGAACUACCCGUGUAGGGUGUCGAUUCGGGCUGCGUGA